AUAUAUUAGAGAAUGACAGAAUAAAAUGUUUUAACACUCUUUGUGACUCUUCUUCAUACACUGUUGGUUUUUGAGUAAUAUAGAAGAAGGUGCAUAAGAGAAGCAUGUAAAUAAUGGGAUGGAAUAAAACUAAAUGUAUGAUGGACAGACAGCUAUUUGUUUCAAUAGUUUUGAUUUGUAGAAUAUCGGCAGUGUUGACACAAAACUGUUCAAUUUCACACUUUGUUGACGACUGUGGAAAUAAGGGAUUGCUGUGGAACUGCAGUGGAUCAAACAUCUCCAAAUUACCAACAGUGUUACCUCCUGAAUUGGAAAAUAGCAAUACUGCGUUGGAUAUAUCGUACAAUCAAUUCACUUCUCUAACAAAAGAUACAUUUGAAGCAAUAGCGGUGUACUCCAAGGUGACGUCUGUCAUUCUUCACCACAAUAACAUAACCAAAAUUUCAAAGAUGGUCUUUCAAAAAAUGUCAAUCUUAUGCAGUUUGGAUAUUUCUAAUGUACAUCUUAAAGCAAAUGACAUUGAUGCCGAAGCCUUUUCUAAUCUUGACGAACUCCAGUAUCUUCAAAUUCAUCAAAAUGACUUUCAUGAGACGAAAAAUCCAAGAUAUCCUGAUAUUCAGCUUUCAAAACUUCGUUCACUAAAAUAUUUGAAAAUUGACAUUUUUAAUGGAUUUCAGUUUCAAAAACCGUUUGAAAAUCUUUCAAAUUUAACCAAAUUAGAAUUCAAUCCUCUGGGUGAAUUUAAAAUAACCAAUACUUCUUUCGAGGGUCUUAAGCUCUCCCCACUCCGCAGCCUCGAUAUGAAGUUUAGAAAUCAUGUGGACUGUGACGUUUCGGAAGAUCUUUUUUGCUCGUUUCCGUACUUAGACACAAAUAUCGAAAUAAAUUUUGGCGGCAAGUGCAGUAUUUAUGCAGCAUUAAGAUCACUCAAAUGUUUACAAUAUCGUGAAAUACAAAAAAUAAAUAUAAGUGAAAAUGUUCAAGUUUUGGAAUCAGACAUAGUUAAUAUAAGCGAUAAGAGCUUUAAAUACCUUUUUAAUAUUUGUGUGAGUGAGCUCAUAUUAAAUAGCGACGCAAUUAUCUAUCUUCAUAUACAUCUUUAUAGAACUACAUUAUGGAAUUGUCUAAAUAAAUUAAGUCUUAGGUCAAAUAGGGUCCAGCAUGUUGCUAUGGAGACAGUAUUUGCUUUAUUGACUUUGCCACGUCUGCUUGAAAUAAACCUUUGUUGCAAUUCCCGGCCAAUUUACACAGAAUUAUUUAACAUCUACAGUCAAGAAAGAUAUCAGAAUAUUUCUAUUAACAUUAAUCUGCCAAAAAGUCUUAUAGUUCUUGACUAUUCUUACAAUUACAUUCACAAUCAGUAUCAUAUAAGAUGGUAUUUACUUGUAACGCUUAUAGGGGAAAAUUUGCGCAAACUGAAUCUUCAAAAAACUAAUUUUCCUCUACAGUAUGAACAUAUCUUUAAUUUUCCGUCCUUAAGAGUUCUUGAUUUAUCUGAAAAUAACUUUACAAAUAUUCACCCUAAUAUAUUUCAAAGAGUGAGAAAUCUUCGCCAGUUAUCCGCAGCAAAUGUUAACUUAGACCUGACUAACAGUUUGAUUUCCGAAGGUUUGUUUAAAAAUCUCAAAUGUUUGACAAAACUUGAUCUAUCUCGAAAUGGCUUAGCCUUUUUACCGCAGUCUCUACUUUAUGACCAAAAACAAUCUUUAACAGAAAUUAAUCUAGAUCAUAAUAUGUUUUCUUCCAUCUACGAUUCCUUAAUGCAGUUGGAGAAUUUGAACAAUCUCUAUCUUCGAUACAACUUGAUAUCAAAGAUUUCGGAGAAGGACCAGAGACUUUUUGAAUCAUUGAAAAAUCUGUCAUUCCAUUUAGAAGGAAACCCAAUUUCUUGCGCAUGCUUAAACAUCCAGUCUUUGAAAUGGAUGAAAGAUCACCAAAAUUCAUUUGCAGAUCUUGGCAAAGUUCUAUGUGUGGAAAACAACCACCAUGUUGGUCAUUUAUUCAACGAUGAAAUAUGGCGGAAAUUCGAACUUGACUGCCAGUCAAAAGAUUGGCUCACCUUUUCUAUCGUAUUGCUGUUUUUGACAAUGUUAAUAUUCACUAGUAUUGCUGCUAUCAAAAGAUACCGUGUCCAUCUAGAAUAUGUAAUUCUUAGACUGAAAAAACAAUGGAAAGGUAUACCUUUACGAAAAAGUGAAGACGAGUUUUUGUUUGACGUAUAUGUAUCAUACAGUGAAUCAGACUAUUUAUGGAUAAGAGAUAAACUUUAUCCAAAACUAGAGGAUUUAAAUGUGAUUUCAUGGAUGACAGAUAAAAAUUCCACUCCAGGCGGCUGGGUAUUAGAAGGGAUUGUGAAUCGUAUUAACGAAUGCAGGAAAGUAAUGUUUGUUGUAAGUGAGAGUUUUUUGGACAUGGAGUGGUCUUCAUAUGCUGUUAAAACGGCCAUCACCCACGCUUUUUAUAAUCAACGACAGGGGUUCAUUGUGGUUUUGAUUAAAGAUGGGGUUGCUCUUGAAAAGCUUCCAGAGGAACUGAAAAACAUAUGGUGGUGCAUUGAAUACUUCAGAUGGCCUGACGAAGAGGAAAGUAACGAAGUUAUACUCAAGAGACUGACCAAAGCACUUAAAUCCGAUUGAACUGUUUGACUGUAGUAUGGUUCGAACACACAGAUGAAUCUUUGUACUAAAUAAUCAGGAAAUACUUUUGUACUUAAUGUGAAUUUUAGUUUUGUUAA